AUGACCCUUUGGAGAUCACCGCAUCCCGACCUUGAGAUCCCUACGGACGUGACAACAUGGGAAUGGCUUUUCGAGACUGAGCAAUACAUUCCCUUUAGCACAGGUUCCAGAGGGGUACUUGGAACAUACCAAAAUGCCGUCACCAGCGAGAGUCUGGACCUGGCGCAGGUGAGAGAACAGGCCGUGGCCCUGAGCACGGCUUUGGCAAGAGACUAUGGUCUGCAGCCGGGCCAGACGGUCUCGAUUUUCAGUACCAACACGAUCUGGUAUGCUGUUGCUUUGUGGGCGACGAUUCGUGUGGGAGGCAGAGUGAACGGCGCCUCACCGGCAUAUAACGCCGAGGAGAUGGCGCACGCUCUGAAAACAGCCAACACCAAAAUCCUCUUUACCCUCCCCAGCUCCCUCGAAGUCGCCGCCGCCGCCGCACAAGAAGCAGGCAUACCACGCUCCCUCAUCUUCCUCCUCGAGGGCACAGCGCCGGGCUUCCAAAGCCAGCAGGACCUCAUCCGCCGCGGCUCCCGCCUCUCCACCGUGCCCCACUACACCAUCCCCAGGCCCAGGACGAACAAGGACGAGUGCGGGUACCUGAACUUCUCCUCGGGCACGACGGGCUUCCCCAAGGCCGUGAUGCUCUCCCACCACAACGUCAUCGCGCAGUGCCUGCAGCUGCGCCAGCUGCAGCUCCUCCCGUCCGACGGGCGGUGGCGCACGCUGGCGGUGAUGCCGCUGUUCCACAUCACGGGCCUGGUGCGGUUCAUCACGUACCCGGCGUUUGUGAACGGACACUGCUACAUGCUGCCUGCGUUCAAGAUGGACGUCAUGCUGGAGGCCAUCAUCCGGUACAGGAUCGAGGAGCUGAUCUUUGUCCCGCCCAUCCUGAUCAGGAUGGUGAGGGACCCUGUGGUGGACAAGUAUCUGGACCAGCUCAGGGCGGUGGUCAAGCGGUUCGCUACAGGGGCGGCGCCGAUGAGUCCCGAGGUGGUGAGGCUGCUGCAGAACAAGUUCCCUGCCACGGGGUUCCGGCAGGGGUACGGUGCGACGGAGAGCACGGCGUGUAUCUCGUGUCACCCGCCGACGCACUUUGACUACAAGUAUGCAAAUAGUGGUGGGAUCCUUGUGGCCAACACUGUCGCCAAGGUCAUUGACUUGACAGACCCAAGGAAGAUGCUGGGACCGAGAGAGACGGGGGAGAUCUGUGCUCGAGGACCGCAGAUCGCCAUGGGGUAUCUGGGAAACCAAGAGGCCACGGCGGAGUCGUUUGAUGAGGAGGGCUUCCUCCACACGGGGGAUGUAGGAUAUAUUGACGAGGAGGGAUUCAUUCAUAUCGAGGACCGGAUCAAGGAGAUGAUCAAGGUGAAAGGGAUACAGGUGCCACCGGCAGAGCUGGAAGAUCUGUUGAUGGGCCACGAGCUGGUAGAGGACUGUGCGGUCCUAGGAAUCCCGGACGAGUAUGCGGGCGAGAGACCCAAGGCUUUCGUUGUGCUGAAGCAGGGCGUGCCUGUGAGUGAGACGGUGGGACGAAGGUUGCUGCAAUACGUACGGGAGAAGAAGGUGAAGUACAAAUGGCUCGUGGAGAUCGAGUUCACAGAGAGCAUUCCCAAAGGUCCCAGUGGCAAAUUGCUGCGCAGGGUCUUGAAAUUGCAGGACAAAGAUAACACGCGCAAGAAGGAGUUAUUCGUUGAAGACGAGACGAGAAAGGCUAAACUGUAG